AUGAGUGAACCCAAAGCUCAAGUAAACCGCUCCCCGGAGCUGACCGAAGCCUGGAUCCUUGGAACAGGAACAGCUUCGUUCGCAUCAGCGCUUCAUUUGGUGUUUGAGGCCAAGUUACCUCCAUCCAAGGUACAUAUUUUGGAUUCCCACAUUUCAAUGGGUCAAGCUGUGUACCACAAUGGAGAUCCUGUCAAUGGAUACGAUCAAUUUGCAGCAUGCUUGCCCGUUCCAUCAGGGGAGCCUAUAAAGCAACUUUUCGAUUUGGUUCCCUCUGUCAGAGGCCAAGGAAAGAGUCUUUGGGAAGAAAUUCAAUCGGCAGAAGCCAAGCAUGUCUCUACAAAACAUGGGAACGAUACCCGUUUUCUCGUCCAAAAAGAUGGCUAUCUGAAGGAUAUUGCUACAACAAAGCUGGGCAUGAGCACUAGGCACCGACUAAGAUUGGUGUCUCUCAUGUUUAAGGGCGAGAAACGUCUAGGACGAAAUCAAAUACGAGACUUUUUGCCUAAUUCGUUCUUUCAGAGUCCAUUUUGGGCCAUCUGGAGCGCACAGUUUGGCUUUCAACCCUGGCAUAGCGCAGCAGAGUUCAAACGUGCUGUCCGCGAAUACCUACGCGAGUUUCACACUUUGAGUAUUAUAACAUGUCUGGACAUCACGGGAUACUACCAGUUCGAGUCGAUAUUCCUCCCAUUAUACGUUUAUCUUCAAAGCCUCGGUGUGGAUUUCCACUUCGACACAACAGUUACGGAUAUUUUGACAUCUGGCGAAAACAAUAACAAGGCAGUUUCCCAGCUGAAUCUGAUUCAAAAUGGAUUCCCAGUGCAGCAAAAAAUUGGCCAGCAUGAUAUUGUUAUCAUCUCAAUAGGAUCCACUAUCUCAGGCGCAACCAGGGGAACAAAUAAUAGUCCACCUGAUGGACAAUCGAUAGAGCCAAAUGACAAGCUCGACGAAAACUGGUCCCUUUGGUUGGAAAUCGGCACUAAGAGUCAUGCGUUUGGUAAUCCUUAUAAUUUCUGCACUCGUCAGGCCGAAUCAACACUACAGUCGUUCACAAUCACUACCGCGGACCUUACCCUGUUCGAUCACUUACAAUCAAUAUCUCACAGCAACCAGGCUGGAGCAUUCAUAACUCUCCCAGAGAGCCCGUGGAGGCUAAACUUGUGUAUCCCUUGGCAACCAGUUUUCGACCAACAACCAAGCGACAUUCGCGUUCUCUGGGGAAGUGCCCUCGAACCUAGGCGCAAAGGGAAAUUCGUCAAAAAGCCGAUGACGGAUUGCUCGGGUAUGGAGGUGACGAUUGAACUUCUUGGACAUCUCAACUACCCUUCCUUAGUUCACCACACAAUCACCAUUCCACGUGUGAUGCCACGAAUGAGCGCUGGCUUACUUGCGCGUUCGUCGAACGACCGCCCUGGGGUUAUUCCUCAGGAAACUUGCAACCUUGGUUUAAUUGGACCAUUCGUGGAAAUUCCGAGGUAUUCUUGUGUGGACGUCAGUUAUGGUGUUCGGACCGCACAGUUAGCUGUGUCCCAACUCAUGGGCUUGCACCGACAGCGUGAUGAAUCGAAGAAACCAUUGAUCUUCGAUAUUCUCAGGGUUUUGUUCUGGGAUUGA